GCGUGCACGGCGGCGGAACGGUGUUGCAUUUGUGUGUGAAGUACAACCAGUUGGAGGCUCUGAAGAUGUUGGUGGAAAAGGUGGGAGCUGGGAAUGACAGUUUCGUUAAUGCCAAGGAUGAUUAUGGAUUCACUGUCCUCCAUUUGGCCGUCUCCAAUAAACAGCUUCAGACAGUGGAAUAUUUAGUCAACAGAAUCGGAAUCAAAGUGAAUGCUUUAACCGCAAACGGUUUAACAGCUCUGGACAUUCUGACUCAAAGCCACAGAGAUUUAAAGGACAUGGACAUCGCCGCCGCCCUCACAUCCGCCGGAGCCACCACCACCAUAUCAAAACCAUCAUCAUCAUCAUCUUCUUCUUCCUCUCACAGCCACGCCAAACCCCAUCUCUUAAGCCGCCUCAUAGCAUUCAUUUUCGACAACAGAAACGACGAAUCCUGGCUUAUGAGGAAGCAGGAGGCCAUAAUGGUGGUGGCGACGCUGAUCGCCACCAUGGGUUUCCAGGCCGGAGUGAACCCACCCGGCGGCGUCUGGCAGGAAGACAAUCCGGCAAUGAACCAGACCGCCGGAACGUCAAUUCUCGCCGCCAAACACCUGCAGUCGUACAACAGGUUUCUGGGGUUCAACACGGCGGGGUUCACGGCGUCGAUGCUGGUGAUUCUGAUGCUCGUCACCGGGAUGCCGUCGAAGCAUAUGAUUUUCACGAGGAUUCUUAUAGUCGCCAUGUGGAUCGCGGUGAUCUCCAUGGCUUAUACUUAUGGAUACUCCAUUAAAUUCUUCACUCCCGAAGCCUCCGAUUCCAUCAUCUAUAGAAUCUCCAUUUUCGUGUCUUUGGUGGCUACUGCUUCGCUGGGUCUCUUCUUUCUUGGCAAGAUCUUCUUCAUUCUUUCUCAUCUCGAGGGGAAGGGCAAUGCCGUCAAUUCUCGUAGACCCACCGUAAAUGAAAUUGAAGUCCCGUAAUUUAAUCCACGGAUCUUAGAGGUGGAUCAUCCAACUUUCAAUUUUGAGGUAAUGAGCUUUUUUGUUUUUUGUUUAAUAACUGGGACUGGAGGAUUCAACCUUCCAACUCAGAAUAAGGUAUUUGAUUGAUUAGCAUUAUUGGUAGUGAAAUUGUAAUAAUAUUACAUUCCAUUGCAUC